AUGUCCCUGGGGUUAUCUAUUCUUUACAGCAUCAACCUCCUCGCCGAGCCAUCACACUCGCGUAUGGCAUUCAAAACUAUUGCUACCGCGCUCCUCGCCGUAUUUGCUGGGACGCAAAGCGUGUAUUGGCAACUUGUUCCAGCUCUCGUACUCGGAUCACUAGGCGACGCUUUUCUUGCCUGGCCAGGCGACGAGACUUUCUUCCGAGGACUCUCAAGUUUCUUAGUUGCCCAUUUGUUUUAUAUCUCGCUAUUUGCGGGAAUUGGCAACGGCCUUGGCUUUGUCUUGCAUGACACGCAGCGCCUGGGUCUAGCCGGAGCAAUGUUGCUCUUGGCGCCAUUCAUGAGCUUCACAUUGAUGCCUAAAGUUGCGCAGUCUCUCCGCAUCCCUAUCGCACUAUACUCAACUGUCAUCCUGGCCAUGGUCCUCUCUGUACUCACCGUUGAAAAUGAUCAGGUCGUCUUGGGGGCCAUCCUGUUCGCGAUUUCGGACAGUGUGCUCGCCACCGAUGAGUUUUUGAUGCCCAAAGACUCGGCAUACCGCGGGUUGAUGCAGCACGUUGUUUGGCUAUUUUACUACACUGGACAGCUCCUGAUUGUCACUGGGCUCGUCGAUGGAUGGGAUUGGGUCAAUCAGCUCAAGUAG